AGAGGAAGCUGGGGUUUUUGGUACUAAUACUUAUUUACAGCUUCGUUUAAAUCCAGAAUCCGCUUCGAUUUUCUCUUUAAUUCUUUCUGUAAUAAAUCGGAGAUGUCCGAAAAUAAGGUCCACGGCGACGCUGUGGAAAACCCUAGAGUCACCUGGGACGGCUGCAGCGUCCUGCUCGACAUCAACGACGGCGACCGUUUGGUUUUCUCGCGGCUCUCCGGUGGAGCAAAAUUGAAAAUUGGGAACAAGAACUGUUCCCUGCAGCCGUUGAUUGGCUGCCCGUUUGGUUCGUUUUUUCGAGUCGAAAACGGAGAAGAUGGGCCUUAUUUGUCUAGAUAUACUCCCUCCAAUGAAGGGAAUAGUGUUCAAGAGCAAGGAGAUUGCGAAUCGAAAGACGAGUUGAGAGAUAAUCGAGCCUUGGUUGAUAACAAUAAAGCGCAGAGCCUUACGGGUGAUGCCAUCAAUGAGAUGCGACGACAGGGUGCAACUGGUGAUGAAAUAGUUGAAGCUCUCAUUGCCAACAGUGCGACGUUUGAGAAAAAGACAGUGUUCUCGCAGGAGAAAUAUAGGCUUAAGAAGCAAAAAAAAUAUGCUCCAAUUGUACUCCUUAGGCGGCCUUUCACAAGAAGUAUAUGUGAGGCGUACUUGAAGAAAUAUCCGGUUAGAAUUGGAUUCUUGCGGAUGGAUACGUUAUGUCUGCUGCUUUCCAUGGCUAAUGUUUCUGCUAAUUCCGAUGUCCUUGUAGUCGACAUGGUUGGAGGGCUUCUUACUGGUGCUGUGGCAGAACGUUUAGGAGGUACAGGUUAUGUCUGCAAUACAUAUCCUGGUGGCUCACCUUAUCCUAUGGAUAUAGCGAGGAUAUUCAACUUUGGAGAAGAAAUUUGCAAGAGGAUUGUGAGGUCUCCUCUCACUGACCUUCUUUUGUCCAUCCAAACUGAAAAACCAAAACUCUCAAGUCAAAAUGGGGACUCUUGUAGCAUGGAAACUGAAUCAAAUGAACAAAUAUCUUCAACAGUUGGCACGGAAGAAGUUACUCUUGCGUCCGAGAAUAUGACAUCAGAUCUUAUUGUUGACACUACCAACUCUGUCGAAAGAAAGCCGAGCAAAUCAGCAAAACUAGGAGAAAAAGCACCACAUGAUAUCAUCAGCAUGUGGAAAGAGAAUGGCUUCUCUAGUUUAAUAAUAGCAGCGCCAGAGUUGGAUACGUGGAGUUUAGUUAAAGAAAUAUUGCCACUCCUAUCAAAUUCUGCUCCUUUUGCUAUUUAUCACCAGUAUCUUCAGCCGCUCGCAACAUGCAUGCAUAAUCUACAAGUUGGGAAAAUGGCCGUUGGUUUGCAGAUUUCAGAACCUUGGUUACGUGAAUAUCAGGUACUUCCAUCAAGAACCCAUCCAUGUAUGCAGAUGAAUGGAUUCGGUGGGUACAUUCUCAGCGGGACCAAGAUAUGUACCAACAACUGAUUGCUUCUAUACAAUAAAGUCGAUAACAAGCAAACGGAGUUAUCUUGCCAAUAAGCGAAUGAAAAAGAAGCUCAUGACCCCAAUAACCACGCCGUGAAUGGUGACUCCACCGUUGGCAAAACCACCGUCUUCGUAUUGUACACUAGUAUUCCCUUUUUAAUCUUUCAACCCUGCAACUGCUGCUAUCCUUUUUCCCCUGCAGGGUCUGCGUUCUGGUUUCUGGUCCUUAUGACCUUCUGUAUUUCUUAUAGCAAUUCAUUUGUUCUGAAACAAAUAACGAGUGUUACUGUGAACUUAGUUAAACUUUCUUGUGAAAAAACAUUACCGGCU